AUGAAGCUUGAGAAAGCAAGGCCAUUCAUGGCCAUUGUUUUCAUUCAGUUUUUGUAUGCAUUAAUGUCUAUAGUAGCAAAACUUGCUUUGAACCAAGGUAUGAGCCCUCACGUCUUAGUUGCGUACCGUAUGGCAGUUGCUGCUGCUCUCAUUACUCCUUUCGCCCUCGUUCUUGAGAGGAACUCAAGACCAAGGCUCACUUUCAAAAUCUUGUUUCAAAUAUCAAUCCUGAGUUUAUUUGAGCCUGUGGUCGAGCAAAAUCUGUACUACUCUGGGAUGAAACUUACUACUGCAACAUUCACAUCAGCUUUGUGCAAUACACUUCCUGCAAUAACAUUUAUAAUGGCCUGCAUUUUCAAGCUCGAGAAAGUGAAUAUCAAAAGGCGUCACAGCCAGGCAAAGGUGGUGGGAACCAUGGUGGCUAUUGGUGGAGCAAUGCUCAUGACAUUCGUGAAAGGGAAUGUCAUUGAGUUGCCUUGGACAAGCAAGUCAAGGGGCUAUCAUGGGCAGUCACAUGUUAUGAAUACUCCAAAGCAGGAUGAUAUAGGAAAAGGAUCAAUUAUGCUUGUCGCAAGCUGCUUCAGUUGGUCAUGUUACAUCAUUUUACAGGCAAACAUUCUGAAUUCAUAUCAAGCUGAACUCUCGCUAACAGCACUAAUGUGCUGUAUGGGGAUGCUAGAGGCUACGGUUAUGGCAUUGAUAUUGGAAAGGAACAACAUGUCUGUCUGGAAAAUCCACCCAGACAUGGGGCUGUUAGCUUCGAUAUAUGGGGGACUUGUUUCAGGGGUAGCAUACUAUAUUAUCGGAUGGGCAUCAAAAGAGAGAGGGCCUGUGUUUGUCAGUGCAUUUAACCCGCUCAGCAUGGUUAUCGUUGCUGUCCUCAGCUCCUUCGUUUUCUUGGAAAAGAUGCACCUAGGAAGGGUUGUUGGAUCAGUUGUCAUUGUCAUUGGGAUAUAUCUGGUACUAUGGGGUAAAAGCAAGGACAAGGUAGGACAUCUUCUACCAAAAGCUGGAUGUGCAGGGACUGUGGUAAUAGUUGAAGAACAGAUGGUUCUAACGCCUGAUAAUAACCAAGUAUUACCCAAAAGUGACCAGUUAAUGAUCAUCCCAAAGGCCCCAACUCAGUCUCAAGAGUUGGUCUGA